UUUGACUACUGUGAGUUGCACGAGCUCACAUUUGCUCUCAUUUUUACUCGAUAAACGCUCGAUAUUAGUGGAUUCAUUUCUGUGGAGCUUAAUAUCAGAUUUAUAGCAAAGAGUCGUAAGUAAUAUAGACUGAAAGCCAGGUGCUUUGAAUCAUGCCUGUAAAGACAAGCAAGAGCUCGACCGCUGCCAAGAGAGCAACUGAGGAUGAGUCCGACGAUGAGCUCAUCACAGCCGGCAGAGCCGCGAUUGACCCCCCGCCGCCACCGCACGAUGUGGCUGUGGGUGAGUCUGCUGAAGCACUUGAUAAUCGCAGUCUGGAGGAGAUCUUGAGCAGCAUCCCUCCUCCUCCACCACCGGCCAUGAGCUCAGAGCCCGGCGCUCCACGUCUCAUGAUCACACACAUUGUCAACAGAAACUUUAAAUCAUACGCUGGCGAGGAGAUCCUGGGGCCGUUUCAUAAGCGCUUCUCGUGCAUCAUAGGGCCAAACGGCAGCGGGAAAUCUAAUGUGAUCGACUCCAUGCUGUUUGUGUUUGGAUACAGAGCUCAGAAGAUCCGCUCAAAGAAGCUGUCGGUUCUGAUCCACAGUUCUGACGUUCAUCAGGAUAUCCAGAGCUGCACUGUAGAGGUGCACUUUCAGAAGAUCGUUGACAAGGAAGGAGACGACUACGACGUCAUCCCCAGCAGUUCCUUCUUUGUGUCCAGAACAGCUGGAAAAGAUAACUCAUCUGCGUAUCACAUCAACGGCAAGAAGGCAACGUUUAAAGAUGUGGGCACGUUACUACGCAGCCACGGCAUCGAUCUGGACCACAACCGCUUCCUCAUUCUACAGGGUGAGGUGGAGCAGAUUGCUAUGAUGAAGCCCAAAGGUCAGACAGAACAUGAUGAAGGCAUGCUGGAGUAUCUGGAGGACAUCAUCGGCUCGUGUCGUCUCAAAGAGCCCAUCAAUAUGCUGUGCAGACGCGUGGAGUUGCUCAAUGAGCAGAGAGGAGAGAAGCUGAAUCGAGUGAAGCUGGUGGAGAAAGAGAAGAGUGCUCUGGAGGGUGAAAAAAACAAAGCUGUGGACUUUCUCACUUUAGAGAAUGACAUCUUCAAGAAGAGAAGCUUUCUGUGUCAGUUCUACGUUCAUGAUCUUAAACAGCGAGUUUCUACUAAAGAAGCGGAGAAACACCAGAUUCAAGAGGACACCAAAGAUCUGAGUGAGAAGAGCAGUGAGCUGACAGACCACAUGAAGCAGAAGAACGAGGAGCUGAAGACUGUGGAGAAGAAGCUGAAUAAACUGACCAAGUUCAUCGAGAGUCAGAAGGAGAAGUUCACUCAGCUGGAUCUGCAGGACGUGGAGGUGCGCGAGAAACUCAAACACACAAAGAGCAAAACGAAGAAACUGCAGAAACAGCUCCAGAAAGACAAAGAGAAGCUGGAGGAGGUGAGGAGCGUUCCCGCCAGCAGCGAGCAGGUCAUCACAGAGUCGUCCGCUCGGAAGGAAGAGCUGGAGGAGAAGAAGCUGCAGGAGGAGCAGAAGUUAGCACAAGUGAUGGAGAGUCUGAAGGAGGAGACCAGCGGCCUGCAGGACGAGAAGGAGAAGAGAGAGCAGGAGCUGCUGGUGUUGAGUAAAGCGGUGAAUGAGACACGCUCACGCAUGGAUGUUGCUCAGUCUGAGCUGGACAUCUAUCUGAGUCAACACAACACUGCUUUGAGUCAGCUCAAACAGGCCAAAGAUGCCCUGCAGGAGACAGUAGACACGCUGAGAGACAGAAGGGCCGCCAUCAAAGAGCUGAAGGUCAAGAUACCUCAGUGUGAGAAACAGCUCCAGCAGGACGAGCAGGAGCUACUGCAGAUCUCAGAUCAGGACAGACAGAAGACUUUGUUAGUUGGUGAUAUGAGACAGAAGGUAGCUGAAGCAAAGAGCUCUCUGUCCAGCAAUCGCAGCCGAAACAAAGUGCUGGAUGCCCUCAUGCAGCAGAAACGCUCAGGAAAGAUCCCGGGAAUCCUGGGCCGCCUGGGUGAUCUUGGUGCUAUAGAUGAGAAAUACGACAUCGCCAUCUCCUCCAGCUGUGGCUCUCUCGAUAAUAUAUUAGUGGACUCCAUUGACACGGCACAGAAGUGUGUCACCUUCCUAAAGAGCCAGAACAUCGGUGUGGCCACCUUCAUCGGCCUGGACAAGAUGAAAGUGUGGCAGAAGAGCAUGGGCUCAAUCUCCACUCCAGAGAACAUUCCUCGUCUCUUUGACAUGGUCCGUGUGAAGGACGAGGCCAUGCGCCCCGCCUUCUACUUUGCCCUGAGAGACACGCUGGUGGCCAGAGAUCUGGAGCAGGCCACACGUGUAGCCUUUCAGAAGGACAAGCGCUGGAGGGUGGUCACGCUGCAGGGUCAGAUCAUCGAGCAGGCCGGUACCAUGACGGGAGGAGGAGGACGAGUGAUGAAAGGUCGCAUGGGCUCUUCAGUCUGUCCCGAUAUCUCUCAGGAGCAGCUGGAUAAAAUGGAGAGCGCUCUGAAUAAAGAGAUGACACAGCUACAGGACUGGCAGCAGAGAAAACUGCAGCUGGAGGAAAAAGUGCACAGAUCCAGAUGUGAGCUGAGAGACAUGAAGAAUACACUGGAGAAAUACAGCGCCAGCAUUCAGAGUCUCGCAGAACAAGAACUUCACCUCAAAACUCAGAUGAAAGAUCUAGAAGCCAAUGUCAUUUCAGCCGCUCCAGAUAAAGCCAAGCAGAAGCAGAUGGAGAAAUCUCUGGAGACGUUCAGGAAGGACUUUGAGGCGGCAUCCAGUAAAGCGGGGAAGGUGGAGGCCGAGGUGAAGCGACUGCACGCGCUCAUCGUGGACAUCAACAGUCACAAGCUGAAGGCCCAGCAGGAUAAACUGGACAAGAUCAACACGCAGCUGGACGAAUGCUCCUCGAGCAUCACAAAAGCCCAGGUGGCCAUCAAGACUGCUGGACGCAAUCUGAAGAAGUGUGAGGAGAGUGUCUCUCAGCUGGAGAAGGAUGUCGGAGAUAACGAGACGCUGAUGGAGGAGCUGACGGAGCAGCUGAAGAAGCUAGAGGAGCAGGCCGGAGAGAUCAUGCAGACGUACCAACAAGCCGAGGAGGCCCUGCCUGAGGUUCAGGAGCAGUACCGGGCAGUGGUGCAGGAUAUCAAGACUCUUCAAGAACAAGAACAUGCUCUACAAAAAGAGUCUCUGAAUGUACGACUCAAGGUGGAACACAUCGACACGGCCAUCACAGAGUGUCACAACAAGAUCAAACACUGGGAGAAAGAGGCCAGUAAACUGUCACAGCACUCUAUUGAUGGAGCACCAGCUGAAGAGCUGCCCACGCUGAGCCCCGAUCAGCUGCAGGAUAUCACUAAUCCAGAUGUCAUCAAGAAUGAGAUUGCUCUGCUGGAGGACCGCUGUGCCAACAUGAAACCCAACCUGGGAGCCAUCGCAGAGUUCAAGAAGAAGGAGGAGUUGUAUCUGCAGAGGGUGGCCGAGCUGGACGAUAUCACCACACAGAGAGACCGCUUCAAGAGAGGCUGCGAGGAUCUGCGCAAAGAGAGACUGCAUGAGUUCAUGGCCGGGUUCAACAUCAUCACUAAUAAACUGAAGGAGAAUUAUCAGAUGCUCACACUGGGAGGAGACGCUGAGCUCGAGCUGGUGGACAGUCUCGAUCCCUUCUCUGAGGGCAUCAUGUUCAGUGUGCGUCCUCCUAAGAAGAGUUGGAAGAAGAUCUAUAAUCUGUCUGGAGGAGAGAAGACGUUGAGCUCUCUGGCUCUGGUCUUUGCUCUUCAUCAUUUCAAACCCACACCGCUGUACUUCAUGGAUGAGAUUGACGCAGCGCUGGACUUUAAGAACGUCUCUAUCGUGGCCUGCUACAUAUAUGAACAAACCAAGAAUGCUCAAUUCAUCAUCAUCUCUCUGAGGAACAACAUGUUUGAGAUGGCUGAUCGACUCAUUGGCAUCUAUAAGACACACAACACCACCAAGAAUGUGGCCAUCAACCCCAAAACUAUUGUGCUCCGAGAGGUGGAGACCGCAACCGGCUGACCAUGACUUCAAACCUGUAUAAACAACCCAAAUCAUUGUGUGUGUGUCUGUUAUGUCUUUAUAAAUCUCUAUGAUCAUUUGUUUUCUGUCAGUUUACACUCACUUUUAUCUUUUUAAAUAAAAUGACUGUUUUAUUUACUAGAGCAUAAAUCUCUGGAAAUGUUAUUAUUGCACCCAAGUAAUUUCUUUUAAUAAAACAUAUGGGUUAUACUGA